UAAAAAUAAUGUCUUAUAAAGUAAAUAACUCACUCGAGGAAAGAUAAAAAAAGUUUUAAGAAUACAGUCAAAAAAACCCAGAUAAAAUUGCCAUCAUUAUAGAAUAGGGUCCAAAUUCACAACUUAAAUAACUUGACAGACCUGAGUAUUUUUAAAUAAUUAAUAAUAUAGAGUCUUAAUAAAUUAAGACAAGUAAGGGAUAGACUUGAUAACAUUUCUCAAAUAGAAACUUUGCCUCCCUGAACAAUCUCAUUUAAACUCUAUCUAUAUCAUUGAACCAACAUCAAAAUGUGUGCUUAAUGGAAAUGACAAUCUUAGGGAGUUCUAUGAUAAGCAUAAAAAUGAAGAAGACGGUUUCCUCUACCUAUAAUAUUAAAGACAAGAAUUUUUCGGUUGAUUUAAUAUUUAAAUUAGCUAUUUCUAUCAUAAA